AUGGGUCGACUAAGCAGAGAUUCGUCCAGACGGCCGUCUACAGAUGAGCAAGAGAUGGUUGAGGUCAAGCGCGAAGAGUCGGUGGACGCUGAGCUUGCUCACGAGCUCAGCACAACCCGCGUAGCCACCAUCAACCAUCAGAGCUCGGCGAGCCCCUCGGCUUCACCAUCUCUGAAACCAGUCCGAUUAAAGUCCUCCCGCUCAUCCUCUGUAUCGACGUCCUCUUCAAAUCGCCCUCCGGCUGCUGAUCCUGACACGUCAACUGCCAAGAAAGAGCCGAACGAGGCAAAUGGUCACCACUCAACCUCCACCUCGCCCGUCAAGCCUGAACCCAAGGAAGCCUCGAAGCCCGCAAAGACCUCCCGAGCCACCUCUAAGCUUCCACCCCGUGUCGCUCCUCUCUUCGACCACCUCCCGGACGCAACAAAAGAAGCCACCUCGACAUUCACCGUCAUUGAUGCGUGCACUUAUCAAAACAAAUACCUCGGAUUCAGCGAACAUGCCCUCGACUGUGAUUGCAGCGAGGAGUGGGACCCGUCCACGAGGCAGAACCUUGCCUGUGGGGAGGAUUCCGACUGCAUCAACCGCGCGUGUAAAAUGGAAUGUGCCGAUGACUGUGGCUGCGGUGUUUCGUGCCAAAAUCAAAGGUUUCUCAGGCGUCUCUAUGCCAAAGUCUCGAUUAUCAAGACCGAAAAGAAGGGCUAUGGCCUUCGCACCGAUGUCGAUCUGCGACCGCAUGACUUUAUCUUUGAAUACAUUGGCGAGACCAUUCCCGAAGCCACUUUCCGGAAGCGUAUGCUGCAGUACGAUGAAGAAGGAAUCAAACAUUUCUAUUUCAUGUCCCUGAGCAAGGGUGAGUUUAUCGAUGCGACGAAGAAAGGGAACCUCGGUCGGUUUUGCAACCACUCCUGCAACCCCAACUGCUACGUUGACAAAUGGGUGGUUGGGGACAAAUUGCGCAUGGGCAUCUUCGCUGAGCGCUAUAUAAAGGCUGGGGAAGAAUUGGUCUUCAACUACAAUGUCGAUCGAUAUGGCGCCAAUCCACAACCUUGCUACUGUGGUGAGGCCAACUGCACAGGUUUCAUUGGAGGCAAGACCCAGACGGAACGAGCCACUAAGCUAUCGGCAGCCACGAUAGAGGCCCUGGGUAUCGAGGAUGCUGAUUCUUGGGACACCGUGGUUGCGAAGCGGCCGCGCAAGAGGAAGACAGCAGAAGACGACGAGGAAUACGUUGAUAGCGUCGAAGCCAAAUCGCUGGACAUCGACAGCGUGACCAAGGUUAUGGCCGCACUCAUGCAAUGCAAGGAGAAAUGGAUUGCCGUCAAAUUGCUGCAACGCAUCCAACGGUGUACUGAUGAUCAGGCGUGGCACCGCGUCGUCAGAUUCCACGGAUACCAGAUCCUCAAUUCGCAGCUCUCGGCAUGGCGAGACGAUGAGAACAUCAUCCUUCAGAUUCUCGACGUCCUGGACCGCUUACCACGGCUCACGAGAAACAAGAUUGUCGAUGCAAAGAUUGACAAGACAAUGGAGUCUUUGACUAACCAUUCUGACGAGAAAGUAGCGAUUCAAGCCUCGGCGCUUCUGGAUGCUUGGUCGAAGCUCGAAUUGGCCUACAGAAUUCCCCGGAAGAAGAGGGAAGACGCAAACACGCCCGUCAAGACGGAGACUACGCCGUUCGAGAGGCGAGAGUCUGCCCAGGGACGAAGAAAAUCCAAAUCGAGAUCAAGAUCGCGAUCCCCACCACGAGGGCCUGCCUCGCUGAAUGCACCGUCGGGUCCACGGUCACUUCAACGACCGGGUUCUUUCUACUCACGUCCUCCUCUACCUUUUCACCGCGGGCCACCUCCACUACCACGAGGCUGGUUUACGGCUCAGGACAAAGGCAGAACAUAUUACUAUUCUGUCACCGGGCAGACAACGUGGGCCCGACCCACGAAACCCGCAGAAGAGGCCCCUCCUCCGCCACCACCAAAACAACCGUCGGAACGAGAUGUGCUCAAGAGUAUCAUCGAGAACAUCGUCACGUCCCACGACAAAGACACCAAAAACAGCACGCCGGCCACGCCCGAACCUGCUAAAGUGAAGAAGGAAGAGAAGUGGAAAUCGUACGACAUCGAGAAACAGAAGAAGCUUUACGAGAAUACUCUCUUCCCUCAUAUCUCUCACGUAAUGAACAAAUACAAGCACAAGAUUCCCCGGGACGAUCUAAAGCGAUUUGCAAAGGAGAUUGCAAAAAAGCUGGUGGCAUCAGAUUACAAAGCGGGCCGAGUCAAGGAUCCCACAAAGAUUGACGAGCGACAACAGAAGAAAGUCAAGGAAUUUUGCAAGCAAUUCUUUGAAAAAGCGUAUCAAAAACACAAGAAGCACGAAGCCGAAAAGGCGGCAAGGGAGAAAGGAAAGAAAGGGCCAGGAGGUGGUGAAGGACCGGUUGCGUCACCUGCCCAGUCUCCCGCAGUAUCACCUACUGAGGCAGACGCCACCGUGGAUCAUGAAGACAUGAAAAUGUCGGAUAACGAAGACGACGACGCGGAGGCCACGCCGAAUUUGAAUACACCAGCUGAAUCCAAUGGGGUUGGCACAUUAAAGCGUAAGCGACUCGAGACAGACGAAUCCGUCACGGCUGAAGGAGAGGACGAGAGAGAACCGAUUGGGUCACCAGUGAAACGACUCAACAUGGAUACUGAGACUCCUCCGCCGCCACCACCGCCACCUGCGCCGCCAGCAGAGUCACCGCCUGACGGCACACCUGGUGAAGGUGAACAUGAAGGCGCGGAUGUGGUGAUGGGUGGAGAAACAGACAUCUACGCCGACACCAGUUUCAAGGGCCAGAGCAUGGCGGAUGUGCUCGCUCAGGCGCAGGCGGAAGAUGCAGAGGAAGGGGAUGAUAUGGAAGACGUGGUCAUACGAAACGGGACUGCAGUGGAGGCGAAGGGGGAGCCGAGGAAUCCCAUGGUGGGUGAUCAACCCGUUGCCGCCACAUAG